UUGAAGUCAUUAAUGAAUUAAUUCCAGUCAUAAGACGGGGGGCCCUAAUCCUAUAGAGUGAACCACCGACGACGACGAUUUUAAUUUUCUUGCUCUUCUUAAUAAUUCUCAUCUAUAAAAAGCCCCUCCCUCUUAAGCCUUUUCCACAAACAUAUACACACAAACAAUCAAUCCACACAAUUUAAUCUAGCUACCUGAAUACCUAGCAAUAACAACCGGAAAUGGCGGCGGCGGCGAUGAAGACGGUGGCAUGCAUGGCGGUUUUGUGCGUGCUUGUGAUGGGGCCAUCGGCGGAGGCGGCGAUAACCUGCGGCGGCAUCGUCUCGAAGCUGUCUCCCUGCCUUCCUUACGCCACGCAUAAAGCACCCGCUCUUCCCCCCGCUUGCUGUUCCGCCAUUUCAAGUAUCAAAGCUGCCGCCAGUACCACCGCCGACCGCCAGGCUGCCUGCAGCUGCCUGAAGAGCGUCGCCGGCAAAUAUGCCGGCCUCGACCUCGGCCUUGUCUCUAGCAUCCCCGGCAAGUGCAACGUCAACAUUGGUUACCCCCUCAGCACCACCGUCGACUGCACCAGGGUGCAGUGAGACUGAUGGAGAUAAUUAAGCUAAUAAGGGAGCCAUAAUCAUAUUUCAUAUUUGUGAGAUCGAUGCUGCUGGUUAAUUUAUGGAGUAGUCAUUAAUAUUCGAUCGAUCAGCUCCCCAUAAAUGGAGUAUUAUAUAAUAUAUUUGAAUAUUUAAUAAUAAAAAUAAUAUGUGUGACGAGGAAUAAAAGAGGCGGAACCUAUAUACUAUAUAUAUGAAUGGAUCCCCGUGAGGGAUGCCGUUUGUCAAUUAGUAGUUUCUUUAUUUCCUGUGAUUAAGUACGUUAUUACGCCCGGCCUAUAUAUUGUCAAUCUUGUUGUGUUCGAUCAUCAUCAUAUCUUUCUCGUUGAAUUGUACGUUUUCUUCAUUUUAAUGCUUAUUCAUACCUUUGUUUCUU